AUGUAUAUAAGAGUUAAAAGAAAUAAUGUAAUUGCUAAAGAUUACAGAGUUAUUAGUAUGCCCAAUACUCAGUCAAAUGAUCUAAGCUAGGUAUCUUCCAUCCAAAUAAGAGGUUGUGGAUGCUGUGGAACAAAAUAGGUUUAUAGUGAUUCCAGGUAUAGAAAUUAAUAAUAUGAAGAAAAUUUUGCCACUAAAUUAUAAACAUUUACUAACAUAAUUGUUGAAAAAUCUUUAAGUUUUCAAGAUAAAAUGAAUUAAGAUGAAGUACUUACUGCAUUUUAGUGGUUUUACAAUAACAAAGAGAAAUUUCAAAUUCUGCGUAAUGAGGAGUCUUUGAAUACAACAAAUUAUUAAACUUAUAGAAAAAAUUGUAGAAUAAUUAAUGAAAUAACUACUUACAUAUAUUAGACUUUCAGGUUUUCUAUUUUAUUCAUUGCUCUAAAUUUGUAAUGAUUUAUUUAGAAUAAUAUUUUCAUAUUAAUUAAAGAAUGUUGAUAGAUAUAUGUAGGAAGAUUAAAAAAAGAAAUAUUUAGAAUAUAUCUAAGAAAUAGAAUCGCUAACAUAAGUAGAAGCAAUCAAUAUUUUGCUUAAUUGGGUGGAAUUCGAACUAUAAAUGAUUAAAACCUGGGUAGCUCAUUGUAGGACAAACUCUUAAAAAGGAAAGGAGUUAGUUAUAUCUAUUAUGUGCGGUUUGCUUUCACCUAAUUAAAACCCAGCGAUGAAGUAAUAUCUUCUGUUGUAGAAGGAGGAAAAUUCUUACUUUUGAAUUUAUAUGAUAAAUAAAUUCAAAACCCACUUCAAAUAUUGGAAAUCUAUUAUUAUUUCGAAAAUUUGAAAUGGUCCAUAUUAAAUCAGUUGAAAUUAGGCUAGUCCAUUUAGAAUAUUAUAAAACAAAUUACAGAUGGAUACUCAAAAUACAUUAAACAAUCUAAGGAUUGGAUAAUACAUUAUUGUUGGGUAAAUAUGAUAUCAGAUUUAAUGUGUUAUAGACCAAUUGUUUAUAAAGAUUAAUUAUUAUAAACAUUAUAAUCAGGUACUUCAGUUCAAGAUUCUUGGAAUUAAUUAAUCACUUCUAAUCAAGUAAUUUAAUUGCCUUAUAAUAAAUAAGCAGGUAGGCUGAAAAUAUUUGUAAACUAAAAUUUUAUAUUUAAAAAGUUUGCAACAUUAAAAUUAUUCUAGGAGUAUAUUAAAAUUAUGAUUGACAUACAAAGUUCAAAUAGUUUUUAUUAAUGCCCAAUUAUAUCAGUUUUAAUUUUAAUGACUUUUCAGCUGAUUAAUUAAAUUACGAAGAUAUAUUGAUAUAACUAAUUACAAAGUAAUCGAACAUUGAAUUAAUAAAUGCUUUAAUUAAAUAAUUAAGGUCUAAAAAGGAGGAAUUAUUAAAUAAUUUUGAAGUCGUAAAAUAAUAAUUGAGUUAACAUUAUUCCUAUUUACAAACUGAUAAACCAAUAGAAAUUAAUAUAAUUAGAUAAGAAAUAAUGUUUUUUAUGAAUCAAAUCAAAAAGUAAAACUUAAUUUUGCUGUGUUUAAUAAAUGAGAUAAAUUAAUUAGUAAAUAACGAGCUUUAAGUAAAUUAGAUAUUCUAAAUAAUUUUACAGGGACAUCAAUAAAAUUAAGGAGAAUAACUAAAAAUAUUAAAGUAAUAAAUAUUAACAUGUAUUGAAUAUCAUGAUUUUGGAUAUAAAUUUGUCACUAUACAACUAUUUCUCAUCAAGAAUUGAUAGAGAGAAGUCUUGAAUUUGAAAAACUGCUUGAACCUUAAUUAAACUAAAAUAGUUUAAUUUUUACAAGUAAUAAUAAUAAUCUAGAUAAAUUUCUGAUAUAAGUUUCUUCGAUAAAGAGAACCUUCUUAAAGAUUUUAGAGCAGAAAGAAUUUAAAAUUGUUAUUAAAGUAUCUAUAUCUUAAUUUAGCUUAGCUUCUUAAAUAAUUAGGCUUUACAAUCCAUAAUUGAUAUUAAAAUUGAUUCAGGAAAUUCAUUAAUAUUAUUAAAAUAUGUUUAAGGAAAAACUAUAAAUAGAACAAGUGUCUGAUGUUCAAAAAAUUCUUAUUAUGAUAUAAUCUAACUUAAAUAUUUAUAAAGGAUUAAAAAUGCUUCAUCAUGGGAAAUUAUUAUAGAUGUCCUCAAAAUUUUAAGGAAUGUUAGCAAAUUUAAGCACUAUCGAAAAUGAAAUAUAAAUAUAUAAUUAAACUAAUAUAAAUGAAUACAUAAAAAAAUAAUUAUUGAUAAGAAAGAGAAGUUUUAUUUAAUAAGUAAUAAAAUAUAGAAUUUUAAAAAGAUGAAUUAGCUGAUUUUAAUUUGCAUAUCUAAUCUUAUAAGUAAGGAAAUAAAUGAAAUAAAAAACAAAGAUUGGCUUGAUAAAAUCAAAUUCCAUCAUAAAGUUUUAUUGUCUGAAAUUCUAACUAAAUUAUAACUUAUUGGUUUAGUUUAGUGAGAUAAAAAAAUUAUCUAAUAGGAUAUUAUCAAAUUAUUAGAUGAACAUCUUUUGGAGAUGAAUUCAAAUAUAUAAACAGAUAUGGUUUCGUCAUAAGUAAAGAAUAUUUAAUAAAUGAACUUAGAAAAAUCAUUAAUGAAAUUAAGAUAAAACCAUUUAUUUGAUUGUGAAAGUUCAACGAAGAUAUUAGAUAAUUAAUAAUUAUUUCAUAAAAGUUAAAAUUAAUAUUCAAAUAAAAUCUUAAUAAUAAUCUCUCCAAAAAUUAAGAAACAAUAUUAUAGUUUUUUAAUAAGUUUAAAGGUACAUAUUCAUAAAGCCUAAAUUAAGUAAUAAUUGAUUUAUAACAAUUAACAUUAUAACUUUUUUAACCCAUUUAUAAUAAGGAAUAAAUUAUUUUUGAGAAGAAUUUUUGUCAAAACUUCCAAAAUAACCUAAAAUACCUUAAAUACCUGUCAUGAUAUAAAUACUUAGCUUUAAUACACUUAGUAUAGAUGAUUAGGAAAUAAAGCAGUAGGAUGAAAAACCUGAUAAUAUUAUAAAAUAUUAUUAUAGAAUUAAAAAAGGGCAAUAGAUUUAAUUAAGAAAAAGGAAUAAUUGAUAUAUUUGAAAAUUCAUCUUAUAAAGUGAGGGAAUUACUUUUAUUUAAUUUAAUUAAAAUGCAAUCAAUUAUCUAAGAAUAAACCAUUUAAGAGUUUUGUGAAAAAUAAUUACAAUAAAUCUGGAUUAUUGAAAAGCAUCCAAGUGUUCGAAAUCUACUUACAAAAUGA